AGGGCCUCCGUCAUGGGUUGUCGCGGGCCGCUUUUGCUGCUUUUGUUGGGGAUAUUUUUAAUUUGCUCCGCUCAAAGAAAUGGGGUUGCAGCGGGUCCAGCGGGACCUGCCGGAGUGCCUGGGAUUGACGGCAUCGAUGGGGAGAGAGGAGAUGAUGGAGAAGAUGGGCCACCUGGCCCCAAUGGAGACAAUGGCAAAUUAGGGUCUUCGGGACUACCUGGCUUACCUGGAGCUGAUGGGUUGACCGGCCCUGUUGGAGAAGCUGGACCAGACGGGCCUGCUGGUCAGAAGGGAGAACCUGGCAAACCUGGAACUCGUGGCAUGUCUGGUAUUGGACCUGACGGAGCCCCUGGACCACCAGGGCCAGGAGGGCUUCCUGGCGAGAUGGGCAAAGUUGGACCUCCUGGAUCCAUGGGGGUGCGCGGACCAGCAGGACCCAGGGGACCUGUUGGACCUCGAGGAGCUGCUGGUGCAUUGGGUGGCACAAUGGAAUUGUGCCCCAAUGCCUGCCCUCCUGGCGCUCCUGGUCACCCUGGGCUGCCAGGCAUGAAGGGUCACAAAGGUGUGAAGGGAGAGGCUGGUGAGCCAGGAAAGCAAGGACACAAGGGUGAGGAGGGCGACCAGGGAGCCACAGGAGAUGUCGGAGCCCAGGGCCCAAUGGGUCCUCAGGGUCUCGUUGGAAUCAUGGGCAUGAUGGGCAACAAGGGCGAGAUGGGAGCCCGCGGGCCUGACGGCGAGCCUGGUACCCAGGGGGUGAUGGGGGCCACCGGUGACCAAGGCCAGAGGGGCGUUAUGGGCGAGAGAGGACCUAAGGGAGAGCAGGGUGUUCAAGGCCCAAGGGGCAUCACAGGCCUGCCAGGGCCCAAGGGUGAUCCUGGCUUGUCUGGCCCUGACGGCCGUGAGGGGAUUCCCGGCAUGCCAGGAUCAAAGGGCAGCCCUGGCAAAUCUGGCACUCCCGGGGAGGUCGGCCUUCAAGGACUUCCUGGUUUACCAGGUUCUCCGGGACCCAAGGGGGGCGGUGGAGAGAAGGGAGGAGCGGGAGACUUGGGUCUUCCUGGAACAAUGGGCUCUGCUGGCAGAACUGGUGAGCGUGGAGAACAGGGGGAAAUCGGCGCGCUCGGACCCGUCGGAGAACCCGGCGAUAGAGGAGAGCAGGGACCUGAUGGACCAGCUGGGAAGCCAGGUGCCAGAGGGCCCAAAGGUGACCUUGGCUUACCGGGACUUCCAGGAGCACCAGGCCUGCCAGGAGUGAAGGGAGACAGAGGUGACGGUGGUGAAGCGGGACCUAAAGGCGAGCAGGGCCAACAAGGAGCAGAGGGAAACCCUGGAGACAAAGGAGAAGUUGGUCAGGGUGGUGAGCCCGGAGCCAAAGGAGCUGUGGGGAACCCCGGAGAGCCUGGCAACAGGGGAGGAGAGGGUGCCCGCGGGCAGCCUGGCAUCCAGGGCCCUCUCGGCUCACCAGGACCACGGGGCAUGCAGGGAGACAGGGGCUCGACAGGACCCCGCGGCGGUCAGGGACCUGCGGGGAAGGAGCCCAGCGAUCAAGCCAUCCGACAAGUUUGCAUGAGGGUCAUGCAGGAGCAGUUGGCACAGCUGGCGGCCAGUCUGAGGAGGCCGGAGUCUGGAGCCGUCGGGCUUCCAGGCCGCCCAGGACCCCCAGGUCCCCCCGGGGCCACAGGAGAUAGCGGCUUCCCCGGGCAGGCAGGAACCAGAGGACUCCCUGGCCUCAAGGGACCCCCAGGAGUCCCAGGACGCAAAGGACCCAAAGGUGAGAUGGGAGACCGGGGAGACAGAGGGCCCACAGCGCGAGGACCCAAAGGCAUGCCCGGACCUCCUGGCCUUCCAGGUGAGCCAGGUAAGCCUGGGUACGGUCGUGAUGGGCGUGACGGCGCUAGGGGCCCACCUGGCCUACCUGGCCAGAUUGGCGUUCCUGGAUCUCCUGGUUCCGCUGGCCCCAAUGGCUACUGCGAUCCCUCGGCUUGCAAUCUCCCGGCCCACUCCGCAGUCCUGGACACCAACAUGAAGGGUCCAGAUGGAAACUAAACUAAGCCUGCAGAGGGAAGCUUCAGCACGCAGGAAGGAAGUGGAGACGAGGAAAGUACUGGACGUAGACAAAGAACGUGGAUCUAACAAGUAGUGAAGGUCAGAUACUUUAUGGGAAACAGUCAAUAGGGGGCAUUUUAAGUCAAUUUUGAGUCAAAACCGCCAUUCUGGAGUGAACAGGCUGUUGCUAUGGGACGUUGUAUUAGCCUUCGCUUCUUGUUAGAUCCACGUUCUUUGACGUAGAGGCAAAAAUGGAUGACUCUCCAAAGGAAGCACACAACAUUCUCAUGAAGUCCAGUUUGAACGCCGCAAAACAAUGUGAGAGUGAUACUGCAGGACCUGUUUGACUCGAUUCAUACAUCCAGCGUGAGAAUGUUCUGUGCUAGUCGGGACGGGGGAACCAUCGCGGGAAGAGAGAGCACCAUUGAACUGAUGACAUCAUCAACGGUCUGGCCUUCAAAUUGAAGAAUUUGAAAUGUGGUCUUUGUUGUGUUGUUUUUUAUUGACACUUGACGUCUGUUUUUUUUAUUUGUUCGUUUUUUUUUAUUUUUUUUUAAUUCCCGGUUUAAAAUGAGGCAUUCCCAAGAUGUUUUCAAACUGUCCACUGUCAUAGUUGUCAGCACUCUUGCUUUCCCACGAUGCAUUUCGAAGAACACGGGAUUUAGUCAUGGACCAAUUUCAACAUCCCAAUGCUUGAUUUCAUCACAUAACCUGACUGCUUAACGCCAAGAAACCAUGCCCCAUUCCCCAGUGAGUACUAUGUUAGCAGGACACAAACUCAAACCAUAAUGCCAUCUCUGCCCACUUCUGUACCAUAUUGUACCAUAAAACCCAUCAAAAGAUAAACCUGCUGAAAACUCUUGUGGUGUUAUGAGUUUGUGAAGGAGUUGUCCUUAAAGGACGUGACUUUUAUAUUUCAUUUCCUAAUAAACUAAGGGAGAGAGGACUUUAAAAUGGAACCAUGCCACUUUGCCCUUCCGUUUUGUUGUACAGUAAAAUCGGUAACACUU